CGCGCUGUCGCAACGAUCCGUCGACGACACGCCCGACCCGCGCUUGAUGCCCAUGCUUGUACUACGCCUCCUCUCCUAUAUGUUCUCUUCGUCACCGACGCCGAUCCGUUUCCUCGUCCUAUUCUUCUCCUGGCUCAUCACCCUCCGCCGCUCCCCAUGUCUGCUCGGCCGCCGUGUCUUGAGCGCCAUCUGCGAUGGAUGAUGGGGUCACUGAGGCUGCGUCCGUGGAUACUCCGCUCGUGCGGAUCCUUACGAGCUCUCGUAAGUAAUGCUGUCUUGUUUUAUCCGUGUCUUCUUCCGAGAGAGAGCGGGUUGGGCGCAGCAGCCACUCGGCUUGUUCGGCGAUGUCGAGAGUGAUCGUGGUGCCGUCGAUGGUGUGCUCCGUCGGUACCGACAUGAUGUCUGCUCUCGUAACAGGUUUUUCUAUAUAAAGGCAAUUCCUGAAUUGCAAUUUGCCUGAUUCGAGAGCCCAGGUCAGCUGCGAGCGGCGUAGUGUACAGCACAAGAUCCUCUUCGCGACCUCGAAGUGCUUGCUUCCCGGCCCAUAAUGGCUGAUACAAAGACAGCGCAUGUGUGGGGAAUCGACAACGGCUCGCAAGCCACCCCAAGCAAGGGUGUCCGCAACUUCGUCCUCGCCAAGUCCGAGUUUGAGAUCGAUGCUCUCGACAUGCGCAAGUGGUGUCCCCGCAUCCUGGCCCGCAUUUGGUUGGCGAACUCUAACUGCAGCGUAGAUGUGGUUGCGCACAGAUUGACCUGAACUGAGUGAAGAGCAUUCGAUUACCAC